AUGGAUACUGAGAAAGCUUCUAAGACAAAAGCACAGAUGGAAGCUGUAAGCAUGAUCUCACUGGCCAGAACUGCGUUCCUGCUGGUGAGGCCUCCGUGCUGUGCAGCUGAUGAGCUGAUUGAUUUGGACAUCAAUGAGUGCAUUCUGGAAAACUACCCUGAGUGUUCCAACCCCAGGUUAUUUUACAUCAUUCCGUAUUUCUGUGGACAGCACCCCAGAUGCAGGGAGCCUGGAGAGUGGGCACUUGAGCGUGCCAAGCUGAACGUGAAUGAGAACUUCCUACUCGUGGGGAUCCUUGAGGAGUUGGAAGAUGUGCUGCUUUUACUGGAAAGAUUUUUACCUCAUUACUUCAAGGGUGUGCUCAACAUCUACAAGGACCCAGAGCAUAGGAAACUGGGAAACAUGACUGUGACCGUGAAGAAGACUGUCCCCUCUCCUGAGGCUGUGCAGAUUCUCUACCAGCGAAUGAGAUAUGAGUACGAAUUCUACCACUACGUCAAAGAGCAGUUCCACCUGCUGAAGCGCAAGUUUGGACUGAAGUCUCGCACAAGCAGGCCUCCUCUGCGACCACAGUUCUUCAUCCCCACCCCCUUGGAGACAGAGGAGCCGAUCGAUGACGAGGAGCAAGAUGAUGAAAAGUGGCUAGAGGAUAUUUAUAAGAGGUGAUGCCAGCACCAGGUCACCUCCAUGGAUCCAUCCCCCUUUUCCAGAAAAUUCUUUGGGGAAGAAAAAUUCUGAAGGGACUUACAUUAAUGCUCGGGUGCAUUAAAAAGAACAAAACAUUCCCACAUGUUGGGGUCAUUGGGAGAUGCCCGGUUUUGCGGGUUUUAUUUGUUUUAAUUUUAUUCUGUGUUUUUUUGUUUUUCUUGGCUCCUUGAGUCUUUCCCAGGUACACUAGAUGGCUCCAUCACAAGGCACUACUUCAUAAAACAGCCUUGCCCAUCUUUUACAAUGGGAAAAGAGGGAGACGUCUGUCCUACAACGCAGUUGCUUAUCAUUUGUAAAAUGUCUCAUAAAAAAAUGUUACCUCGGUGGUAAAGAUAUGCAGAUUUGUACCUUUCCAGUAGAAACACAAAACCACUUCAAAGAGGAGGAAAUCUGUUCUAGAAGGAUCUAAGAGGAGAAGGAAGGCAGAUAGGAGCAUAAAAGGGAAGAUUUCCCUGGUUAAGUAAUUUCUGCCCACAUGAGUGGAAUUCUGCCUCUGGCCUAUCUCAGGGGGCAAAUCACCAAGAACAGAAUACUUAUCUUUGAGAAAACAAGUUGGCUUCCAACACCCAGCUCCCAGCCAGUCAGAGCUUGGAUCCUUACCAAGGUCAAAGCUCACGUAAGCUCCACUGACACACUCCACUUCCAAGCAUUGCUCUGACAGACAUCAAAGUAGCAUCACAAGGAAAAGGGUUUGUUUGCAGUGUGUGGAAGAAUGUUGGCAGGCCAGAUCAAAUCUGAGGACCCCAUGGCAUCAGAUGAAGCCUUUGGUCUUCUGAAAUGCCUCUGCCCCCAGCAUGGCUGUAAAUGGAAGUCCCGGGAACUGAUUUAGCUCUGGCAGUGAUCCCUGUGGCAGGAAUUCUAAGCUGUCUGCAGCACAAUCUCUCAAAUACAGCCAUGGCCAUGUUGGGUCCUCCUGAACUUGGUGACUCUCAUACCUUCUAGUACUAUAAAAGCUGUGUGUAGUAACAAGAGGUCCCGGGCCCUGUGCAGGUAACACAGGAAUCAUUUCUUAUGGGACCUGCUUGCUCCUGACAACCCUUAUCAGGAACAUCAAUGACAGAAACAGCAAGAUUUCUGGGAGGACACUGCUUGGCCAGCUUUAGAGAAGGUUGGUGUCCGGGAUGACCUGACUCGACACUGGGCAGUUCUGUAGCAUCAAAACCUCCCUUCUGCCCACCGUCUACCUCCCCACCAUCAUAAUGCCCUGAUUCAUUCGUUUCAUUCAUUAGAAACCUGUUCCUUUAAAUUCUGAAUUGUGUCUACCUUUAAAAAAGAUCCUGAAAAAUUCACAUUCUCCUGGGUGGUUAUAUUAUACUCACUGAAAAUGUGGGGUGCAGUGAUAGCAAUUUGUGUCUACUCCAUGUUCACCCCCAAAGCCAGCCCUUGAAGGGCACUAGCAAAGUAAGUUUGAAGUACUUAAAAGUCACUAAGACUGACUGACACAACCUACAAUUCUACUUUUCAGAAACCAUCAAGUCUCUAGAAUCUUUGCUCCCUUCACUAAAACUGGACACUAGCCAAGAAAUAAAGCCAAUCAUUUGAAACCUUGCCAGUGCACACUGAAGGUACUUUAUCAUGAGGUACGUUAAGAAGGCUCCAGCCUAGGGCAUCCAGUGAAGGCAGGAACCACAGGGAUACUAAGUCCAGCACUGGACACUUGUGGGCCUCCUUUCUGCCUCAGGGAACUGGGUCAGGAAAUGAAUAAAGGAAAUGUAGACAGAAGAGACUAACUCUUUUGUGCUGUUCAGAGGGACCAGGGCCCUUCCAUUAAGCAUACUUUAAAGAAUAGCCUAGAAAAUAGUUAACAUGCUCCAAACGAGAACUGCUGUGUGGUUCUUUGCGAGCAGGCAAAGGUGUUUAUUUUUAGCAGUGAUCAUCGCCACUUCACAGGAGGAGAUGAUAGCUGAUUUGCUUGCAGGUUCUUUUGUCCCAAGGGUCUCUAGGUCCUAAAAGUCAAGGUACUUAAUCAGAUUAUUGGACAGCAUUUCUUUGGCCCUGGGCCCAACACCGUUUGUACUUCAUGAAAUAUAUAUUGUACAUUUUACAUAGUUUAAUUUAAAAAGAAAAUACAUUUUAAGCUAGUUGAUCUUUGACUGCCUUAUUUAUUAUAACCUUUCAGCACAUUCCAAGGUUUUAGUUACUCAGGAAGGAGUUAAUUAAAAUGAUUUUAUUUUGG